AAUUAAUGAGAUAUUUAGCAUUUGCCUCAUCCGCUACUUGAAAUAGCCCACUUUAACAGGAUUUGUGUGAACGAAGGGGAUGCUGCUUAAUAGGAACUAAAAGUGUCGUCUCGUCUAGCAGUGCCCUCAUUAAUAUCCAUGGACCUAUUUUAUCUCCGCACAAUAAUGUAAAGAUUAGUAACCUUUUAGGAUGAGGAUUAUAUCAAAAGCAUUAGUUUUAGUCACAGUAUUAGUAGGAACAUAUAGUGCUUAUGUGCGAAAACGGGACGACGUAAUUUUCCUUCCCCCACCGCCAAAUAAACCUCUACUCCCUAGACCAAUAGAAUCAUUUUCAAUAGAAUACAAACCAUGGACUUCGUGGGGACGCUGGAGUGAAUGCGACUGCUAUGGAAUAAGAAGUAGAAACAGAACAUCUAUUAAUGGUUUGCAAAAACGGUUCAGAGGUUGUGAAGUGGACAGUGACUGCCCUAACACAGAUCCUAGCAAUUUCCCCGAGUGGUCGAAGUGGUCCCCAGUCGGACCUUGCUUCACUGAUCACAACGGCUACCCGUUUGGUACUGGAAAGCAAACUUCAAAAGGGUGUUUACAAAAAUAUUUACGACGCUGCAAGUUCAAAACUUCGAAUGAGAUUCCACCUGUACCAUGUCGGAUAGCUGAAAACAAUACGAGAUACAAUCUUGAUUCUGAAUAUGGUUUCACAGAAGAAAAAAUUGACGAAUGUGGUGAAGGUACAUCUGGAUGUGAGAAAGGUGCUGGCACUGUCUAUGGUGUUUGGAGCCAAUGGUUCACUUGUGACAACAAAUGCUUACGGGAACGACAACGUUGUUGCGAUAUCAACGGAUUUGAUGCCAAUAUUUGCAACUGCCUUUCUAAAGAGGGUGAAGAUUGCACGAUAAAAUGUAUAGCUCCGAUGAAUUGGGAGAGUUGGUCGGAAUGGUCUGAAUGUACAUACAAUCCAAAAGGGAAAUGCCAUCGGAAGAGGACUCGUUCUUGUGUUCUGGACGAAAAGCUCGUGAAGAAAAAUCCGAUGCACGAAUGUAAAGCUGAUGACGAGGCGAUGUUUGAAGAGUGUCCUGUUGGUGACACGUGUUUAGAAUCUGCUCAUUGUGGCGAAGUCACCGAAGAUAUCAUCAAUGGCACGUUUGUUAACGUCAUCAUUGGUCCCAAGAUUGAUAUCGGUGUUGGCGAGACAUUUGACCCAGAAUCUAAAUAUCCGAUUGAUUCCAUCUCUCAAUAUACCUGUGAUGACUGUCGCGGAGUCAAAUUCUUGAAGAGACUUAGAGUCAAAUGCCGGUUGGAUGAAGAAGGAUAUGCUGGAUGGGCUAAACUCCCGAAAUGCAAAGUUAUCGAAUGUAACCCAAAGCCAAAAGCUCCAAAGUUUGGAUCCGUAGAUUCAAAAAAUAAUCAAUGUAGGGACACAGUGAACUAUGCUUGUGAUCCGUGCUAUGAUCUAGUUGGCAGCUCCACCAUAACGUGCAUUGAUAGUAUCAAGAAUAGCAUUAAGGGGACCUGGUCGGAUGAUCCACCAAAAUGUAAAAUAAAGUCAUGUGGACCGCUUCUUAUUGAGAAUGCUAUUGUAAAUGGAGGCACUAACUGCGGCGAUACGCUUACAUAUACCUGUGUGACUGGCUUCGAACUCGUCGGACCUGGAAGCCCAAGUGUCAAAUGUACUACAAAAGGAUGGGAAACCCCUUCACAAGUAUGUGUUGAUAAGCGUUUACGUUGUCCAGACCCCGGGGAAUUUAAACAUGGAAAUGUGACUGGUCCAAAGGGUCCUUUUCGUGAUGGAGAUACACUUACAUUCACAUGUGAUGAUUGCUACGAGUUUGAAGAUGGAACCAGCGAAGAUCAGGUGACAAUUACCUGCACUGCUGAUGGCACUUGGAACGACGUAGCACCAACUUGCAAGAUUAGAUCUUGUGGACCGCUGCAGAUCAAAAAUGGAGAUGUGACUGGCGGUAAUAACUGUGGCGACACUGUGGAAUUCACUUGCGACGAAGGCUUUGAAACAAAUAACGGACCAGGCCCUCAGACACUUCAGUGUACGCCAGAAGGAUGGGAACAAGAGGCACAUUUUUGCAGGCGCGUAGGCUGCCCAGAUAUAGGGGAUAUCGAGAACGGGGAAGUAACUGGUGCAACUUCCCCAUUUUUAUACGAGGACAAUCUGAUAUUUACAUGUGACAACUGCUACGAUUUCGGAGAUGGAACCAGCGAAGGCCAGG